CCUGCCCUGUCUUCCCCCCCUCCAGAAACACACACACACACAGAGUCAUAGCUGAAGUGAAUGCAGAGAGAGAGGAGGGGAAAGCAGAGCUCAAGCGAAAGAAGGUUAGCCAGCAGCGAGUUAAGAAAAUGGCGAUCAUGCAGGACGGAUGCCUCCCCUCGUAGAUGCUGCAAACGCGUUGAAAUUUCUUUUAGCCUUACAGCCGGCUUUCCUUUCCACUCUGUUGCACUUUAUACUUCAAUGAGAGAUUGGGAAUUGAAAGCUGUUGCCACCAAAGAAGCUAAAGCAUCUUAACAGGGAACAUACCCAUAGAGGGAAGAACAGUGGAUGGAAGAGAGAGAGAGACGGAGAGUGUGACGAGGAAGGAGGUUAAGAAGAUACAGGUCUGGUCAAAAGUGCCAGAGCAUACCAAGUCGAGGCAGAGUCCUAAAUCUAAACCACAUCCCCCCUUUCCCCCUCCCCACACAUAGACAGACGUGUGCACGUACACACCAACGCACACACAAACGCUCACACAUACAGUACUCAGCAAUGCCAAGGGGGCCUGAGCAGCCUGCUGCCCGCUCUGACAAGCCCUGCCUCUUCACCUCAGACCCUUGAGGCUGUGCCCUCUGAGCUUUGACCUUUUGACCUCCCCUUCGUCGACCUGGGAACCAGAGGUCACCUGUUCUCCACGCAACCCGGGGACGCCCUCCUGCCUAGCCAGGAGCCACACCCACGAGCCCCGCUCACAGGCAUGGCUCCCAUUCGGGAUUCCGUCAGCCACUCCCCUAAUCAAACAGGUCUGGAGCAUCCUUGCUUAGACUCGCAGUAUGAGCCUUCCCCCUGGUCCUCUGGCUCUCCCUGCAGCAGUGACAGCAACAGCAACUGGGGCAAGGUCUUAGUGGACGGAAGCACCGACAAACCCAACAACCCUUCUUCAACCAACUCUUCUGUCUGGCCUCCCUCCUCCUCUUCAUUCUCUUGCUCCUCAUCUUCAUCCUCUUCUGGCUGCGGGUCAGGAUCAGACCCCGAGUUGGCAUCAGAAUGCAUGGACGCAGACUCUAGCUCCUCGGUCGGCUCAGAGAAAAACCUCGCCGCUGUGACAACAGUGAUGAUGAUGUCAGCAAAUGCUUCUUCCUCUGUGUCUUCUCCGGCUUCUUCCCCUUCCUCCCCUUCGGUGACUUCCGCCAUGAUGGUCGGCGUUUCAGUGAAUGGAGACAGCAACAGUCGUCCGGUAAUCGGUGGAGGGAUGGGAACCAUCGGCGGUGCAAAUAAUGGAAAUAAUAACAUCACCGGGCCCUCCCACUAUUCUGUGGCUGGGUCCAGCAGUAUUGGCAGCAAUAACAUGGGUAACCACAACAAGCCCGUCAAUAACAGUGGUGUAUGGGGCACCCAGUCAGGCAACAACAUGAUCACCACUGGCGGAAGCACCCCCUGCAUCAAUGGAGGGUUAAACCCAAACACUUUAAACCCAAAUGCCAACCACGGUGCCUGGCCGCAGAAUCCAACCCCAAGCCCAGUGUCACAGGGCCAACGGCCUCCACAGGCUCAGGGGAUGAGUUCCAAACUAGGUCUAGCUCCCCAACAGAGCCCCAUGCUGGGCUGGGGUAGCAUGGCAGCUCCAAACAACAGCAGUAUGAUGGAAGACACUGAGGUGAAUAAUGGUACAGCAAGCAGCAAGGUGUUAGGAAGCAGCAACAGUGGAAAUGGUGGCCUACAGCCUACCAACCUUAACACUGAAUCCAAUGGACCAAAUAACACUAUUAUGAUGAAUACUACUACUACUACUACUAAUGCCACAAUGACCUCUAGUCCACCAAACUCUACCGCCUCACCCCAGCUUAGUGGGGAUUGUUCCUGGGGCUCUAUUGGAGGAGGGAAUGGGGGUCCGCUGGCCAAUGGAAACCCCUCAUCAGUCCCCCAGCACCCCCAAGGUGAGCUGGGGGGUUCUGGGGCCUUCGGUACGCCUUGGGGCGCAACUACCUACCCUGGAGACAAGGGCCACCCAAAUGCAGACACUGUGAACCCCCAAAACCCUGCCUUAAUGCAGGCUGGGAACCCCCAAAUCUCCUCUACUGCUGCUUACAAGAGUAAUAAUAACCACAAUAACACUGGGGCCCCACGCUGGGACCAGGGGCCCACGAAUAACCCAAACCAGCCCCAGAGUAACUUGUCCUGGGGUAUUGGCUCAAAUCAGAUCCCAAGUUCUGCAGGCCAAACACCUGGAAAUGGCAACCAAACUACGAUAGGCGCUCCAGCUGGGAUACCUCGUCCCUGGGGUAGCAGCGCGUCGUCUUCUUCCUCAUCGUCAUCGUCCUCUUCCACAUCUAACAACAAGAUGUCAAACGGAGAAUGGGGAUCAGCAACUCCUGGUAACAACCAUUCAGAUGCUGGAAGUCAUAAAGGAAGCUCUGCCAACAAUGGCUGGAAGAGCCUGGAGGAUGAUGCCAUGGGCAUGGGAGGUGGAGGUGGAGGAGGUGGAAGCCAAGGCUUAGGAAGCGUCACUGGAGGCUGGGGUCGCUCUGGAGGAAGCGAAGGAAGCGGAGAGAGUUCCGGAGGCCGAUCCAGCUCAGAUAGAGACGGCAGCCAGCCAAAAGGGGGAAACCGCAGAAAAGUUAUACCCCAAGCAGUACUGCCACCUGUGGCCCGGGCCGACGUGGACCCGAGGGUUCUGUCCAACACUGGAUGGGGACAGACGCCCAUACGGCAAAACACCGCCUGGGAUACCACUUCUACCAAUCAGCACCAGGGUUCCAGAGGAGAUGAAAGAAAGCAUAGCAGUGGAGGCUCCGGCUGGGGCACAGCAACACCGGCAGCUCCCUCCCAGACCUCUGGAGGUUGGGGGGGUGGGUCAGGAAGCUCAGGCCCAGCUACAGGAGGUUCUGGCUGGGGGGAUCGACAGACCUCUGGGUGGGACACCAAAGCCCCAGCGAGUGGAGGAGGUGGGCAGAGUGGCUGGGACGAUGGAUCCAGCUACAAGGGGAACAACAACAACAACACCAGUAACACCUGGAGCAAUAACAUUAACAAAGAUGACAGGUCCAACACAUGGACUAAUGCACCAAAACCACAGCAGGGCUGGGGUUCCAACAGUGGAAAUGGAAGCGAAGGCUGGAGUAAUAGUGGAGAUGGUUCCAGACCAGGGGCUAACAACCACUGGGGGGAGAACCAAAAAGGUGCAGGCUCAGUGGGCUGGGACAGCGACAGCGACCGGUCUGGCUCUGGAUGUUGGAGUGAGCCAAGCCGAACCAACACCAGCAGCAGCAACACCUGGGUAGGGAGCGGAGGAUCAAAUACUCCAGACCAGAGCACUCCAAACCCAAGUUCAAACUGGGGCGACUCGGUCCACAAACCCCACCCUCAGAGUAACAGCCAGGGAUGGGGUGAGCCAAUGAAGAACAACCAUGGAGCCCAGAACUGGGGUGAACCGAAUCCCAAGCCCUCCAAUGAGUGGGGCAAAGGUCCUGAAUCCAACACGUCCAGAGGGAAUCAAGGCCCCAACAAGCCCACAGGCUGGCUGGGAGGCCCCAUGCCCACAGUAGGUCAGAAGGAGGAAGUGGCAACUGGGUGGGAAGAGCCUUCUCCAGAGUCCAUUCGUCGGAGGAUGGAAAUUGAUGACGGGACAGCAGCUUGGGGAGACCCUGGUAAAUACAGCGGUGGAACUGUCAACAUGUGGAACAGGACUGGCCAAUCAGAGCAGGAGGCCAUCGGCCCAUCCUCUCAGCACCAGUCCCACCCCCAGCACCAGUCCCACCCCCAGCACAGCUCGAAGCAUCCUCCUCAGCCUAUGCAGCCAAUUGCCCAGGACAAAAACUGCAGUUCUGGUUGGGGUGAGUCUUACUCCCAGCAGAAGGAGUCCUCAACGUGGGGCGAGCCGACGCCUGCUCCACCUGUGACAGUGGACAAUGGGACAUCUGCCUGGGGGAAGCCCAUGGACACCAGCUCCAGCUGGGAAGAACCCAACAGGGGUGAACCCAGCAGGGGUAGCAGAGAGUCUGGAUGGGGCGGCCAGCAUAAAUCAGCUCCAGGUCCCAAGCCCAUGGAGACGUGGGUUGGUGAGGAGGUGUCCAUGGGCAAUAGCUGGGACCAGGAAGAGGAGGUGGAGAUCGGCAUGUGGAGUAACAGCCAACAGGACAACCGGUCCCAUGACCAAAACACCUGGAACUACAAGCAUAAAAGCUCCUACAAGAUGAACAAACCAGUCAACAAACAGGAUGAACCUUGGAUGAAACCCUUCAUCAACCAGUUCAACACCAUGAACUUCUCUAGAGACUCUCCUGAUGACUCCAUGAAGACGGGAGCAGGGAUGGUGCAGGACAAGCGCAUGGACAUGGGCAGUAUGGGAGACUUCAAUGGAGUAAUGGGAAAGAACCCUGGGUCUCGACACCAGCUCCACAAGGAGUCUGCCAUGGAUCGCAGCCCUUACUAUGACAAGCUGUCUGUUUCCCCCUCUGCUUACGAUAGCCGCACUUCUGAUGAGCUCUCCUCCAAUCAAAGCAUGAGCUUUCCCCCUUCCAAUUCUGCUCAGCCUAUCCCCUGUCUCGACUCUGGGCCAUCUCCUGCCCACUCUAGUCCUGGGGCCGCUCGGCAGAAUGUAAACCCCAUGAUGAGUGGCAGCAGCGUAGCACAGGGCCGAGGCGGCCCCCAGUCCCAGGUCCCUCCCCAACCCAACCUUCGUAACCAAGUGCCUCCACCCAUCUUGCCCUCUCAGGUCCCUCCAUCCCUGUUGAAGUACCCUGGAAGUAACGGAGGACUGAACCCUCUGUUUGGCCCUCAGCAGGUGGCUGUGCUCAACCAACUCUCCCAGCUCAACCAGUUGACACAACUCAACCAGUUCAGCCAGUUACAGCGUCUUCUCCUCGAGCAGCAGCGACAGCAGCAGCAGCAGAAGGCUCAGAGCCAGAGAGUCAUGGCUGUGGGACGACAGACUGAACAGACACGUCCUAUCGGUUCGUCUCCAUCAAUGAUGCAGCCCCCACGGCACCUGGAUCCCUCCCUGCUGAAACAGGCCCCACCCCUCAAACCGUACCUGGAUAACUACUUGCCCCACAAUACCCCGGAGAUGCAGAAGGAUGCUGCUGCUCUCGGAUCCUUUAAUUUCCCUUUAAGCUUGAACUCUAACCUGAAUGUACCCCUGGACAUAGGUAGUAGUAGUGGUGGCGGAGCUGUGAGCUACAAAGAGCCGCCCCAGUCCAAACUGAAGAAACUUUGGGCUACUGACCCUCUGGAGCAGAACAGCAAAACUGGUGCUAUGUCGUCUGGGCUGCGUCUGGAGGACUCUCCCUUCUAUGACUUCCUGUCUCCUGGCCCAUCACCCCUGAGUCCUCCCGGCCAAUCAAUGGGCUCGGUGGCCGAUGGCUGGCCGCCCCGUGCCAACUCCCCCCCGCCCCAUGGAAACACUGUCACCUGGCCCCCAGAGUUCCGGCCCGGGGAGCCUUGGAAAGGUUACCCCAACAUUGACCCUGAGACUGACCCUUAUGUGACCCCCGGCAGUGUCAUCAACAACCUCUCCAUCAACACCGUCCGCGACACAGACCACCUCAGGGACAGGAACAACGGGCCAUCCUCAUCACUGAACACCACGAUGCCUUCUAACAGUGCCUGGUCAUCCAUUCGUGCCUCCAGCCACAGCGGUUCCCUCACCAGUACAGCACAAAGCACUUCAGCCAGACCCAGUGAGUCAAAGUGGUCUCCCGGCGGCGGUUCUGUGUCCAACUCCUCCCUGGCCCAUGAGCUGUGGAAGGUCCCCCUGCCUCCCAAAGCGCUGUCUGUGGCGGCCCCCUCCAGACCACCACCCGGCCUCACCAGCCAGAAGCCCAGCUCUGCCUCCUCCGGCUGGGACGGCUCUGCCCUGAGGCUGGGAGGGUGGGGCUCCACUGAGUCCAGAUACACACCUGGUUCCAGUUGGGGUGACAGCAGCAGCUCAGGGAGAACCCAAUGGCUCGUUCUGAAAAAUCUCACACCUCAGAUUGACGGCUCUACCCUGAGGACUUUGUGCAUGCAGCACGGCCCUCUGAUCACAUUCCACCUCAACCUGCCGCACGGUAACGCCGUGGUAUGCUACAGCUCCAAGGAUGAGGCCGCCAAGGCCCAGAAGAGCCUGCACAUGUGUGUUUUGGGGAACACUACUAUUCUAGCUGAGUUUGCCAGCGAGGAGGAAAUCAACCGUUUCUUUGCACAAGGGCAGUCAUUGGCCACUCCCUCCUCUGGCUGGCAGACCAUUGGCUCUUCUCAGAGCAGAAUGGAUCAGUCUCACCCCUUUCCCAGCCGCGCUCCUGAACCCAACCAAUGGAACAGCAGCGAUCUCCACAGCUCCUCUCUCUGGGGCGGGCCCAACUAUUCCAGUAGCCUGUGGGGGAGCCCCAGUGGCACCGAGGCGGGGAGGAUCAGCAGCCCUUCUCCAAUCAGCUCCUUCCUCCCGGUGGAUCACCUGACAGGGGGAGGGGACUCCAUGUGAACUGCCGCCUGCCAAUCAAACAGGCUGGAGGAAGGGUCAGUAGAGAAUUAUCAAUAAUCAGCAGAAGAAAAUGAGAAAAAAAAAAAAGUAGUUAUAAACGCAAUGGCACUAGUUGGACUCUUUCUCACUUACAAGAUAUUCAACAAAAAACGGGGUCACCCCUGUGGAAAACAAGUUACGUUUCUCUCUCUGCACAUAUAUGUCCACUUUGUUUUAGCCCAAAAACAUAUCAGUCGGAAUACUUGAAUCAUGCAGGCCAAUUCUAUAAUGUGAACGGAUGGAUAUUUGCUUCCAGGUAGUGCUCUUUCAGACCGAAAAAAGCUUCAAUCGAGCUCAUUAUUAUAUAUAUAUUUUUUGUUUCAUUCGUCAUGUUUAUUUGAAUUCCAAUUCUUUUCAUUUUUAACGUUUUCUUUUUGUUCUUUUUUUUUUUCUUUUUUUUUUGCAUUUAUUUGCUGACAAUGUUGGAGUAUGAGCUUUUUUAACUUUGCACUGAAUGUGGUUUUUUCUCAGUAUAUAUAAUCUGCAAUAUAGAGGGAGCAGCCAGUUUUUCCAGUGUAGCUGUUUACUCAUUGAGGUCCUUACCGUAUGUGUGUAUGCGUGUGCACGCGCACGUGUGUGUACGUGUGGAAGUACUUUGUGUGUGUGAUUGUGUGUGCGAAUGAGUAUGUGUGCGCUCCUCUCUGCCUUGGCACGCCUACCUUACUGCGUUGUCGUGGAGUUCAAGAUCAACAGAUAGUUAAAAGAAGAAUAAAAAGCUGACUUAGGAGGAUUAUCUGGUGAUAGUUAAAAGUGACAUUAAAAAAAGUAUUGCACCAAUUUUGUUUUAAAACUAAAGAACGUUGAGCUCUGCAGUGCAAAGGACUGUAGCCGCAGCUGGGACUAGCAAGCCCCGCCCACCCUAAUGUAGAGGGGGUGGGGCCUAUCUAGCAAGCCCCUCCCACUAGCCCCCUAGUGGGCAGGUAGGGGGGAACAGCACUUUCAGAAUAGGCUUUCAAUGUUUUGGAGGUGCCACACUGCAACCUCUUGUUUACAAGACUUAGGAGGCGGAACGUGUGUUCAUUCUUCAUUUUAAAGAGAAGAUGGAAUAAAAAUAAAAUAAAAAAAAUACUCAAAAAAAAAUUAAAAAAUGAUUUUAAAAAAACUCUAAAAAAUGCAUAAAACGAAUAGAAAAACAACAAAAAAUGUAAACUCUUAUUGAGGAUGAAGACGAUGCUUUGUAACUCUGGGAAUUCGGAUCAGUGUUUUUGGCCAUGGCGUUGGUUAUUUGAACUAUUCCUCUUUGUCUGCUAAAUAACCAGCAAUGGUUCUCAGGAAAUCAAGCCAGUUUUCCCCCCCUAUUGUAGGUGAAUUUAAAAAGAAAAAAAAAACUACUACUCCUUGUAGGAAAGGAAAAUCCAACUUCUAGCACUGAAAACUAUGUAUAGGUCUGUAAGUUUUUUUUUUUAUUUUUUUUGUUUUUUUUUUUUCCUCUGCCAAAUAACUGCUUUAAGCUGGAGAAGCUCAACACACUGCUUUCAAUAUGCUGUCUUUUGAUGGAGGGGAAGGCGGGGGGGAUCCUAACGUGGAGAGGUGGAGGAACGGGCUGUAGAAUAAAAGAGAAUAAAUCCCACUGCUCCUCUCUCUCCUCUUCUCCUCCUCCUCUUCCUCCUCCAGUCCUCCACUCCACUGAUGUUAAAAAACAAAACAAAUCAAAAGUGGGGAGUGUUUAUCGUGUGAGUGUGUGACUGUCAGUGGAAAAAUGUUCUGUCUUGUCAGACUUAUAAACCAAGAGAAAGGCGAAUCUGUAUCUAUGCAUACUGUAGCCUCUCACAUGGCCUACAGAGAGGCGUUUUUUUUUCUUUUGUUUUUUUUUCUUCCUGUGUCUCAAAAAUGUUUUAAAUGUUUCAUUAAGUACAACAAAAAUGCGAAAUAUUUACUUGCUUUCUUUUUUUUAAAAUCACUCUCAUUGCCACAAAUGGUGUUUUGACAAAAAAAAAGAAAAAAGGAAAGAAGAUAAACUUUAAAAAUCUUUUUUUUUUUUUUGUUCUUGGUUGAAGAUAACCUAUUUUAACAGUGCAAAAGUCGUCCACAUUUCAUUGCCUUGAUCCUAAUUGUGUCCGAAGAUGCAACAACAAGUCAAGUGGCUUCUACCUGUUUACAAAUAGAAUAUGAUUGUAUUGUUGUACUGUUUAUUUCUUUUUUCCUUCGGGAGGGGGAGGGGGGUACUUAUCUGAAGUUCCUGACUUGAUGAAUCGUGUGUGUGUGUUUGUGAGUGAGUGUGUGUGUACCGGCAGAUGUGAGUUCUACCGCUGGAGUGGGAUCGUGGGUGGGUUGUGUGUGAGAACGGCGUGAAUGUAAAUCCACCAGUGGUGUUUGUAGACAAAAUACACGUGUGAAUAACAAGAUUCAUCUACCUACCAGUGAUUGUUUAGUUACUAUGAUGCACAAUAUCCGGGGAAAAACAAAAAAAAGCUUCAGAGUGUGUGCGUGUGUUUGAAUGAGAGAAGUCAGCAUUAGCGAAGCCAUGGACCUUAAUUUUUUUUCUUCAUUGUGUAAUUAUUCUGUUAGUGUUAAGCCUGUUAUGUGUGUUUGCGUGUGUGUGUUUUCCCCCUCCGAUUAUAGGUUAUUUCAGAAGUACUCGAAACGUUGGCUUUAGUUGUGUUUUUAAGUUUAGCCGUGAAUAUUUAACAACUUCAAAGCAUACGUAGUGAGACAGAACCUUGAGUAUUAGCCAGACUUGACAGUGGUGUGUGCCAGUAUUGAACUGCUCUCUACCAAAUAAUUCAAAAAGAUUUAGUUUACUUAAUUCCAGAUCUCUUUGCUUAAACUAUAUAUCUCUUAUUUGUGUUUUUUUUGUCUUGUUUAACAAAAUUUAUUGUUAUCAAGUGGAACAUCUGAACCAUGUUUUGUCAUUUGUUUUCGAGUUAACUUAAUUUGACAAAUUGAACUGAGGAGCCUUGGAUUUUGCACUUGGGUGGAUUAGAUUAAAGGCCGAGCGAGCGGAGAGCAAAGCCGAGAUGAUAGACUGGUCGGACAGACAGCUGGCCACGGCGGCGUAGAUUAGAUUUUCAGCUCUGUCUGAGUGGAGGAGGUGCGUCUGUGAGCGUGUUGUCACAGGGUAAAAAGUGUGUGUGUGUGUCUACAUGUUCUCAACUGAAAUGGAAGCUGCGUGUGUGUGUUUGUGUGUGUGCUGUGGCUAGAGGAGAUGGUGCUUUGUUGGUCCCGGUGAGGUAGCGAGAGAAGAGGAGGUUUCUCCAGGUUUACCUCUCUCUGCUCACCGGGCCGGCCGGUGGCGAGCUGAGCCAGAAUGUAGCUGAAAACGGUUUAAAAAGUAUAAAACUCAACGGCCGGAGCCUCGGUCUGCCUUCUCUGGCCUCAUUUGGAGACACACAAAAAAUUUAAACCAAGCAACCACUGCUCACUGUUUUUUCUUAUCUGAAUAAAGUAUUCACUGUUCUGACCGCGCCUGGUUGUCGUGGUGACUGUUGGUAGCUGUUGCCGUGAGGGACGCUCGUGUCUGUAGCUUGACUGAAAACGAGAUGAGGCUUUCUUGUCGGCCCGUAGUGACUCAGGCAAAAGGGGAUGUGACUUGUUGAUCGGCUGGUUCUUCCUGGCUUUUCAGGGACACGGGGUUACACUUGCCUCUUUUGCUGGCUUAUCCAGGAUCAGCUCUCCUCCCUCUCCCAACUCCCUAAGCUUAACUACAGGAAAGGGUACCGCAAAACUGACAGGAGGCAAGUGAACUCUAAAUAGUCUAGAAUCUCUUUCCACUCUUGUUGAAAUUAUCUGAUUUUUGUCGAUGCUUCCCCUCCUCUGCGCUUUUGACGUCGGAGCAGUUUUGUCCCUCCUCAGUAUCCUUACCUUAACCAUUAGUGGGGCAAAAGCUGACCCCUGAUCAGCGGCUCAGGAGGGGAGCAUCGCUCUGCUGUUAGAGAAGGGACAAGCAACGUCUGUAAAACGCCUCUCAUUGAUGUUGAUGUUACUGUUUUUGGUUUCCAGCUUAAAUCUCGCUCCGUUUCUGUCUCGUCCAAUCUACUGUGUGUGUGUGUGUGUGUGCAAGUGUGUAUGCGUAAACACAUUAUCAUGCCAAAUUGAGGAGGGAGGGUGAGAGGGAAGGAAAGGGACUGAUUAAAAAUUUUUCUUUUUUUUUUGGUCGUUGUUGUGUAUGUGUAAUUUAAAAAGCUGGACAAUGUUAAAUGCUUGAAGAAAAAAUGUCAUUUGCAAAAGGAUGAUGUGAGGAAAAAAAAAACCCUUUUUCAGUAAGUGAAAACCACCACGAGCAAUGUACAAUCCCCAGGGCUGCCAAGCAGCUUCCCAACAGGGCCAGACAAGGGGAGGGGAGGGAAGAAGGAAGCAAGGAAGGAAGGAAAAGGGGGGAGGGUAGGAGAGGAGGGAAGCUGGCUGGUGAUACUCUACUACUUUUUAAUGUUUAAUAAAAAAAAAAAAUGUGACUUUGUUUUUCUCUUGACUUAACUAUCCUGUGAGCAAAUGCUAUAUUAUAUCAUAACACACACCCAACGGCUCCUAACGUCGAUCAAAAAGCGCUAAGGCUAUUUUUUUGACACAUAAAAACAACAAAAAAAAUAUAUUUAAAAAAAAAAAUUAAAAAAAACAAAAGAAGAACAAAACACAAAAACUGUGAGAAUCUGCUGUCUUUUUUGUCCUUUUACAUUUAGUAUGAAUACACACAAACAAAAACCCUGAAAAGCUUUAGUCUAACCAGCACAAAGAUGUUGGGGGCGGGUGGGGCGGGGGAGAGGGUUGUUGUGGGUGGGUGGGGUGGUUUACAGUACAAGAUGUGGGGAGGGUGUGGGUGUCGCUCAGAGAGACUAUGCAGUGGAGUGUUGAACCCAGGCUUCCAUGUCCACCUUGGGUUUUUUGCUUUCUUUGAAUAAAUAAAUGGAAAAAAAAAAUAAUCCCAAAAACUUUUUAAAAAUACAGCUGAGUUGGGAUUCCCAAUAAUAUUCCUCAAACAUGUUGUGCCAUCGUUGAAUCGUACUACUACUAAUAAUAAUAAUAAUGAUGAUGAUGAAAACUGAAAAAACCUUUAUUACCUAGCAACCGUCGGGCCAGUUGUAGCAGGAGAGGAGGACAGGUUAAGAUUUGCAAAGUCCAUUUCUUUAUUUUCACAGCUUGUCUCCUCCUCGAUAUGCCGAGGAGAGCGAGGCCGGUGAAACUGCAAAUUUUACACAACUACAAUGUUUUUUAUAGAGAUUCUAUCAAUCCACAGUGUGUAGUUGGAUCACCUGUAAACCUAUUAUGCACAUUGCUUUGGGAGACUGUUGAAACUAUAUAUAUAAUACAUAUAUAUGAGAAUAUAAACGUACAGUGUCUAUAAUCAAAGAGAGGAAGUCUUCCUCUCUUACAAACAAAAACAGGAAGUACCUUUUUAUUUUCAAACGUCUUCCUCGGGUCAUCAAAGGAUUUUAUCUUAAACUUUGGGGGGAAACUGCACUUUUUGAAGGACAAUCUUUAUUUGUAUGGGUAUAAAAAUUGACAAAAACGAAGUCGCCUGAUAUUACAAGGUAUAGAAAACCAACUCCAGUGUGCUCUAAUAAUGAAUGUCUCCUCUGAUGCUGUCUAUUUGUUUUUUUGGUUUCAUUUAAUCUUUUUAUUCUCCUUCCUUUGUUGCUUGGUUUGUUCUUGUUUUUUUUUCCUCUUAUUUUUCUGGAUUUUAGUGCUCUUAAGAGAAAUCUGUACUAAGGUGUAGAGUAGUAGGUAGUAGGUCUUCUGUUGGCUGUACUCGUAUACUGAUUACUGUUUGUAACCCUCUGGCUCCUGCAGCCGUCAUACAAAGCUGUAAAACUUGGGUACAACCCUCAAUAAAAGACUAACAAUGA